AUGAACGUGUUCCGAAUCCUCGGCGACCUGAGCCACCUCCUGGCCAUGAUCUUGCUCCUGGGGAAGAUCUGGAGGUCCAAGUGCUGCACGGGCAUCUCUGGGAAGAGCCAGAUCCUUUUUGCUCUCGUCUUCACCACCAGGUACCUGGACCUGUUCACCAACUUCAUCUCCAUCUACAACACAGUAAUGAAGGUGGUUUUUCUCCUCUGUGCCUAUGUCACAGUCUACAUGAUCUAUGGGAAAUUUCGGAAAACGUUUGACAGUGAGAAUGACACAUUCCGCCUGGAGUUUCUUCUGGUCCCAGUCAUUGGCCUUUCCUUCCUUGAGAACUACAAUUUCACUCCACUGGAGAUCCUUUGGACUUUCUCCAUCUACCUGGAAUCAGUGGCCAUCCUACCCCAGCUCUUCAUGAUUAGCAAGACUGGAGAGGCUGAGACCAUCACUACUCACUACCUGUUCUUCCUGGGUCUGUACCGGGCACUCUACCUGGCUAACUGGAUCAGGCGGUACCAGACUGAGAAUUUCUAUGACCAAAUCGCAGUGGUGUCUGGAGUAGUACAAACCAUCUUCUAUUGUGACUUCUUCUACUUGUAUGUGACCAAAGUCCUUAAAGGAAAGAAGUUAAGUCUUCCAAUGCCAAUUUGACGGCCCUC